CAUGUAGCUUGUCAUGAUGAUGCGUAUGGAUACAAGCCACCCACCCGCAGUGACCAGUUUGAUUUAGUUAGCGUGCCUAUCUUCAGCGAUGUUUAGUGAAUAAGAGUAAUAAUGACAGACGUAAAAGUAAUAGGAAACCAUUUGGGCGUUCUCGAUGCAAUUUGAUAAAAUAAUGGUCGGUAAAGUCGAUCCGUGGGACGAAAACUUACAUCAACUUCGCCAAGCUAGGAGUAAAGUGAGACGGUUUUAAAAUGUUAAAAUUCAACUUCAGACGGGAGAAAGACGAGGAAUUUAAGCAUAUAGCUCCUGGCAUGAUGCCUGCUGCCUCCAUCGCCCCUAAAGCGGUUGUGCCUCGUACUCCUCCCCCCCAAAGACCACACCCUUUACCCAACAAUGUCAGGUCAGCUGUAUCAGCGGCCAUUUUGUCCUCCUCUCUCACUGGACGGACGUUGGCCCUCCCUCCUCCUGCCCGGCUGAGGUCUUUCUCUGGGAUUGACCCCUCUAAACCAUUUACACCUGAACCAAACCUCAGCACGGCACUUUACAGCGGACGGAGAUGGUCGGAGGAUUUGGCUAGCCGGUCUCACCUGUCAUCUCCCAAUCACUCAGAGGGAGAGCUUGAAGCCAGGGGAGAGGAUGUGGACAGUCAAGAAGAUAAGGAGGAACACAUUUAUCAGACUUUGGUCAGACAGGAGAACCUGAGAUUGUCGGGGGCCAUCUGUGACCGCCCUGUAGAAGCAAAGUCCAGUACGCCUCCGGCCCCUCAGAUGUCUGGUAGACCAGAGCCAUCCUCAGUGGGUCUGACAGUUUCUACAGAAGGGAUGAACACAUCUGUCGGACAGAGCCCUGAAAACUGGAGGAGCCAGGAGCCAUGUGGGUCCUUCCCGCCUGUCCCAGCCGCUGACCUUCCCAGGUACACGGCAUCAGAUCUCAACCAAUUAUACAGCCAGGUGCAUAGGGAGAAGAACACAGGGAUGGUGGACAAACAAACACUGCAGGAAAAGAGACCACAGCGCCUGGAGCAGGAGGCUAUUGAGAACAGAGCCUCUCCUGACCCAAAGCCUUCUGCAGGCAGUCUGGCAGAGCUCCAGAGUUUAAGGCAACACGCCCAGGAGCUGGUGGACAAAAACGAUGCCCUGAAGUUGUUGGUUCACCGUCUGAGUGUGGAGCUGAGCCGCUACCAAGCUCGCUUUAGGCCAUUGUCCGAACAGGAGAGCUCAAAAAUCAGCAGGCCACCAACGGCGGGCCCUCCCCCUCCAUGGCUGCUCGACAUGAAGCACAUGUGCCCUCUGCUGCUGGCUUACGAAGACAGAAUUAAGGAGCAGGAUGCUAUUCUACAAACCAAAGAGGAGGAGGUGAAGAAGCUACGACUUCAUGUAGAUGAGGCGAUCAAAGAAAAGGAGAGGCUUCAUGAUGACAUUUCCAAGAUUGGUGUGGUCAGCCAGACAGACUGUCAACAGCUUCAGCAGCAAGCCCUUCUGGUUUUGCAGGAGAACCAAGUUCUGAUGGAUCAGCUGGAGGCUCAGCGUGUUAAGGCCAAGGCCAGUCACAGCAGACACCAAUCAGAAGCAAUAAAAGUGUCCAAGCAGCUGAUGCUGUUAGAGGCAGAGAAGCAGAGUUUGCAGGAGGACCUGGAAGAGAGCAGGAAGGAGUUGCAAAAGCGCGCAAAGGAGGUUCAGGUCCUGCAAGCCCACCUGAAGGAUGUCAUCACCUGGGAUGAGCACUGCAGCAUAACAGAGAAACUCAGAAGACAACUGGAGCAGCAGGAAAGCAAAAGCACGGGUGAAAUGGAGCAGGUCCUCCUGAGGGUCUCCAGGCUAGAGGACGAGAACAGGAGUCUGGCUGCGGACAAGGCCAACAUCGCUGCUGAUGCCAGAGCAGUGAAGGCUGAGCUGGAGCUCUGCAGACAAGCCAACAGGAAGGCUGAGAGGAGAGUGAGCACACUGAAGAGACAAAAAGAGGAGUGGAAGCUGAAGGAGAAGAACACUCUGCAUCACCUGGGAGCUGUUGUUUCUGUGGCACAGCACAUCUCCAAGGAGAAAGACCAGCUGUUGAACAUGGCUUCCACUCUACAGGAGGAGAAGCAGAGGUUUGUCACCAAUAUCCAGAACGGCACUCUUCGAUUCAGCAAACUACAAGAAGAGAUCAAAGUGUACCGCAGGCAGGCGUCAACCAGGCUGGCAGCGUUGGAGGAGGCAGUGGAAGGGAAGACGGCUUCUUGCCAGAGGGAGAUCCUUCACCUGCAGAGGCUGCUGAGAGAAAGACAAGAGGCUGAGGAAAAACUGCUGCAGUCCAAACGAGAGCUGGAGGAGGAACUGAAGGUGGUGUGGCAGGCAGCGUCCCGGGAGAAUCAACACAUGAAGGAGACUCUGUUGGACUCAAAAGUGACCUACAACUUGCACGGCUGGACACAUUAUGGCAGUGCCUCGCAUGCCCAGCUUGCUCCGACUACAGAUGAGACCAGAUCCUCAUCUGAAGAAACACGGGCUGGACUUCUACUGCUGAAAGAGUUGAGACAGACCCUGCAGAGACGGAGAAGCUCCUGAGUCAGGAUCUCCUCAUUAAAACAGUAACACUUGUAUUAUGGUGUACUGGGAAACGGGAGUUGGAGUCACUGUGAUGUAGAGUUUGUGAUAGACCACAAUUAUAUAUAUAUAUAUAUUUUUUUUUUUUUUCCAGGGAUUAACAAAAUUGCCAAAUACAGAAACCUGAAAGCUUCAAAUUGUCCUGAUGAGCAGAGCCUAUGGUGCCACCUACAGGUCUUACGUGGUAUUUGCAUGUGCUAAGAACAGGAACAUGAGUGUAUAUAUUAAUUUCAGAGUCUUGGUUGAAAUAAACCUGUCACAUACGA